UUUGCAACCUUGUUCGACUGAGCAACUCUCUUCUCAACUUCUUAUAGCUUAUAUACUUUACCAAGUUCAAACGACCUAUCACGAUGUCUGAAGACAAGAAGAACGACGAGCAAUCCUUCACCAUCCAGCCCCACCCGGCCAAGGACAACCACCCCACCCCAACCUCCGGCAACGGUAACGGUCUGCAGCAACAAGACGACCCCGAGCAAUCCGGCGGACUCCGAGCGUCCAACCCGAACGCCAUGGCCGGGGCCGGUCCUGUGAUCUUGGACAACGCGACCGCCAACAACUUGGAACAGCCCAAGAGUCGGGAAGAGCUCAAGGCUGCCGCUGCCUCUCUGAACCAGUAAACACCCAGCACGUCGAUCUCGACAUCUCUCCCCGCAAUGUCGUCACGUCAAGGCAUACCGGUGAUAGGUCCCAGGAUAUCCUUCACUUCUUCUCGUCGCUCGAUUCCGUUGUAAAGCAAAUCUCGAUCCCGUAGUUGACUCCUCAGGAAAUACAUAUGAACAUGAAUAUGAAUACGUACAUGACCAU